AUGUUUGGAAUACUGGACAAUAUGAACCAAAAGAUGCUCCCGAUGAAAAUGCAUUAUUACUUUUACUCGGGAUGUAAGUAUAAUUUAAUUAGAAUUAAAAUUAUUUUUUCUUUCUUUUAUAUAUCAGGUUUUUAAUGUAGUGAAGAAACUAUUUGUUUUACUGAUAAUGCGUUAUUUUUCUUGGAAAUUUUUUUUUUUUGAAUCCGUAAAAAGUUCCGGUUUUGUCCAUUUGAUUAUUUUAAGUUAUUUUCGAAAUUCUCAUCAGUUUUAAUAAAAUCGAUUUUUAUGAUUUUCUUGAAAACUCUUUCGGUGAGUGAAAUCCUCUGAUUUUUUCUCUCGCGGUAUACUCGUAUUACUCGUACUACGAGUUGCCAAAUUUCUGCUUGUGUACAAUGGUAAUUUACUUAUAUUUUUCGAAACUCUUAUAGAUUUAUUUUUUCUAAUAAAAUUUUUCGGUUAGGCCAUAAAAAUGCUCCAAAGUUAUACUCAUUGUAUCUUAAAAGAUGUGGAUUUUUACCCGUACAUUAUUUGAUACAAUUUUCUAGAUUAUCAACAGUUUUUCUAAAAUAUAACAACGAAUGAUAAUACACUGAAUACAAAGAAAAUUACAAGAUUAUAUCCUUGGUCUGACUACGACAAUUGAUGUAAUUAUUUUUACGUCUAUAAUUUUACCAGUUUACCAAGCUUCUGCUUUAUUGAAGUAAUAUUUCUGGUAGAAAAUAUCGUGCUUAAAAAUUUGAAAUUAAUGAAAUCGAUAACUCCGCUGUGCAUCGUAAAUAUACCGGAUAUUUUUUUUUGGUUUUUUGCAAUUAUUAUGAAAACUUAUUGGAAAUUUAAAAAAAUGACUUCUUCAGUACACCAAUUGAAAACAAUUUCCUUUGAAAAAAGAUGUUAUACUUGGUACAUCGAUGCCAGUUUUCCGUUCGAAAAGUUGGUUACAGACACAUACAAAAAAAAAAAAACAUUUUAGUAAAACUAAUCCUCGUUACGCUGUAAAUCUAAACGAAAUGCAUAAAUAAAUAAUCUAAUUUAUUUUGAACAUUCUUACCGCGAUUAUUUUUUUUUUAUUUAGUGUCAAUAAUCAAUGAUCUUCUAAUAAACUAUAUUUUGUUUUCAGGUAUAGUGUUGAUUUUGGGUUACGGUUCCACGUACGCGAAACAAUUGGGAUAUUCGAAAAUUACCGUUGCAUAUAUAACGACGUGUCUGUUUUUCGUGUCUAUGAUGACAAAACCGAUUAUUGGGGCUUUAGUCGAUAAGUUUCCCAUAAAGAAAUACAUAUUCUUAGGGUUCAUAUUUUUGACCGGCAUUUCAUCGUUCUUUUUGAUGUUCGUGCCAAAAUUGACAGUUGAAACUGGUUCUGAACUUUAUUGCAAUACAUCAAAAACCAUAGUCAAAAUAUAUUCCAAUGAUAGUAAAAGGCUUUCAUUUUGCGAUAAGAAAAGACUUUCGGAUAAGCAUGGAGAUAGGUUGGUCAAUUGCAAGGUAUUUUAUCAAAAUAUCUUAAAUAUAUAUAUAUAUAUAAUGUUUAAAUAAAUAAAUAUAUGUAUGUAUACAGGAUGAUUUAAAGUGUAUGUAACAACCAUUUUAUCAUUUAAAUAUUUAAAAGUUGACCCCAAAAAAGACAGAAAAAAAAAUAUACAAUUAUUGUGCGUAAAUUAUUUAUUUUAGAUGUUUGUAUAUGGAAAAAAACUUUUAUAUUAUACAUUUUUAUCUAUUUUGAAUAUUUACAUGAUGAAAUGGCUGUAACAGAAAUUUUGAAUUAACCUGUUUAUAUAUAUCCUGUUUAAGGAGUUAUAUAUGGCUACGGUAAUUCGAUGUUUUUAUCACUGUAAUAUUGUCCGGCAUAGGCGUGUCUAGAAAUAUAUGAAUAUAUCGUUUUUAAUUACACUUAAACAUUUCAAAAGUCAGAAUUAGAAUAUAUGCAUAAUUUACGUUUAAAGAUUGGGUGAAUAUGCUUAAUAAAUCAUCCUUCAUAUACAGUAAAAGCCGUUUAUUAGGAACACAUUGGAACCGAGAUGAAACGUGUCAAUUAACCGAUUGUUUCUAAUAAGCGAUUGGUUUUAAUACACGUUUUAAUAUACGACCGGACCGGACGGACCGUCCUUUACGUUUUAUUUUAAUAACGCGGUUGCAACGAUUAUCUGUGUUUCUAAUAAGCGACUUUUACUUGAUUAAAAAUAAAAAGAAUAAUCAAGUGUUACAUCCUCAUUUUCCAUAACUUAACACAUAAAAUGUUAGAGAGUCAAAUGGUCUUUGGACGAGCCAAACAUGGACGAAACUGGUAAUUAUACGGUUUGUAACAAAAACACGAAAAAUCCCAUUGGUUGUGACUUGGUGAGAGGCUGAUUUUGCUGUUAUGGUCAUUGCUAUAAUGGCCUAUUACACCCGUAAAGACACGGUUUAAUACCGGUAAAAACUGGUACAAACCGUAAAAAAUAUGAUAUUUAAAUAAUUUUAGGGAACCAAUAUUUAUAUACGUCACACCUGCCAACCCAAAACCAGUUGUCUAGGUUAAAAUGUAGUAAAACAUCAUUUAGACCCAACAUAUCUAGUAUCUACCAAAAUAUCACUGAAUACUAGAUAAAUAAGCAGUAAAUGAUAUAUUCUAGAAAAAAACGUAGUAUAAUAUUUUGAGUAGUUACUGCUUCUAGGUACGUUUAGUAAAUUUAUUUAGCAGAAUACAUUUUUAAAACGCUUUUUAAAAAUUCAAUCCUUGAGAGGGUAAAAUAGAGCGUUUAAGAUAUUUUCGGUAUGAUAAUAUCCAAUUGUUUAUUCAUUUAUUUUUGUUUAUUCAUAAGUCACCUUGGAGAAAUGGAUGAUAAUUUGAUUGUCACGGACAAGAUAACUAUUAUUAUUAUUAUUAUUAUUAUUUAUUAUUUAUACUAUUUAGCAUUAGCAACGCGUUGUCGGUUCAGCUAGUAAUAUGAAGUUAGUAAUUUUUAGUUAAAAAUCUGAUUUUAAUUGUAACGUUUUUAUAAUUUUUGAUACGAACCAAAAUCGAUAAGAGUGUGCAGUUACAAUACCUGGAUUUUAUAUUACAAAUAUUAUUGUUCUAGUAGUUAUUAACACUUUUUAUCAUUUUCUUGAAACUUUAAUUAUUUGUAAUUUCUUUUCCGUAACGGGCUUGUAGUAGAAAAUAUUAUUAUUUUUUUAUUUUCAAUUUAAUUUUGAAUCGUCUUGGUUCGAAUAGUAUUAAAACGUAUAUCGUUUUUCAAUUAUUAAAUUUCCAAAAUUAUGUCUAUUCAAGACCAUACGAGUUCAAAUUAUUGUAUUUUUGACAGGAUAACUAUACGCAAUGCUUUUUUUAAAUAAAUAUUAUUUUAACAUUGGUCGAUUCAUGAUCGUGUUAGUUAAAGCCCGUUAAAAACCUUUUAAAAAUAAAAAUGAACAAUAUUGUGAUUAUUAUGACAAGUCAAUCUGACACUUUUUAAACUUUUGCUAUGCAAUCAUAUUUACAUCUUCCAUGGUUCAAAAAUCGAUUUGAUUACAGUGUAAAUAACAAUAUACGUAGUCUGCAGUUUAUUUUUAAAUUUGUUUAUUUUUAAUCACUGAUUGAAAUUAGAAUAAUAAAAUAUAGCUGUACGUGUUAAUUUAACGAAGUAGUACAUAAGCCUCGGAUUUGUGCAUUAAAAAAUUUCGAAUACAUUAAUUUUUACACGGGUUUUUGUAUUUUUUUUUUUAGUUGAAUUGCAAUAAUAAUGACGAUCUGCUAUUUUCCGAAAUGAUAAAUUCUUGGAACGCAGUCAAAUCCAAUGCGCAAAAUGUAACGAACAUAAUGAGUGACACUAACAACAUCAGCGAUGCGGAAAUUAAAAACGUCGAUUUAAAAGUGUAUUUACACUUUCACGAUUUUAACCCCGGGCAGGUGAGGGAACACAAUUUUAUUAAUUUCAGUAUACAUAUAUAUAUUUAUGCAAAUAUAUAAUAAUAAAAUAUACACGUAUUCGAAAAUGUCGUAAUCCAAAAAAAAGUGAAAAGUGAUUAAUGAGAUUUUUGACAAAUCGUGUACAAAAAACCUAAUUAUUGAUAAAAUAAGGCAACCUAUAUUAGUAAUCAUGUUCUCAAAGAUAAUUUUAAAAUUUCAAACGUGUUUGAAAAAUUCUUCAUUGAUCUUGGCAAAAAUAUCGAAAAUAUUUUCAAACAACUAUCAUAAGGUAAUAUUAUCAUUUCGUUGAUCCGUAUUUUUUUUUUUUUUACAAUCAAAAGUUUUAUUUUAAUUAAAAAUCGGCUUACAGAUUACUGGGCCUCACUCAGAUAACUUGUGUGGAUUAACUUUUAGUGUUAAGAUAUGGGGAAACAUCUUUGAUAUCCAUUUGAACAAAAUUAAAAUUUAAGAGUUAAUCUAGAGUUUAAAUUAAAAUUACCUGGAUUUGCUUAUACAACAUUUAUAUUUAAAAAACUUAGUGUAUUUGACUUUAAAAAACUAUUUAAACUAAAUUUACUCCUGCUAUUUUUAAACAUAAAAAAUAUCUCCCGACGUGCCCCCACACUUACAACACUAGAUUUAAGGAAAAUGUUAAUUUAGUUACUGAAAAAUGUGACACAAAUUUUGUAAUUAAAAGUUUUCUUAGUUAUACAAAUGAACUUUCUAGGUCAUUUAAUUGAAAAAAUUAUAAUUUUUGUACCAUAAACUAAUUUAAAUAUAAAGGAUAAUUUGAAAUUAAAAUUUAACUACCCUUAAUCCUAUUGAUCUAUCUCAACAUUCAUUAACCAUCAAUAACACUCAAAUCUCUAUCUUGUAGCAUUAGGUUAAAUUAAUAUUUUAAGUCUGUAAUAUAUGUAUUGUUCAUUCUAUUUUUAGGAAUUCGAAAUUUCCGAUAGAAACAGUCGCUUAAAGGAGAUAUUAAACCUUUAACAAUUAUAAUAUUUGUUACAGUUUAUCUUAUGUUAAUUUUAUAAAGUUAAAUAAAUAAACAAUAAUAUUAAUUAAAAAAAAAAAUUAUAAUUUAUUAAUAUUGUUUGAAACCGUGGUUGAUUUUAUUAUACUAAUUAUGUUACAGAUGGGUUCGUACGAUUUCUAUGUUAUGUUCGCUGAGCUAAACAAUUACACAAGAUUGACGUCGCCGUACUGUCAACGAUCAAUGAGAAUACCGUGUCAACUGCACUGUUCGAACCAAGCGAUCAUGGAGCUGGCGACAGUGACGAAACCCCAAGAAGCCAUUCUCGUUUUGCCCGAGUUUUGGGAAUACUUUCUUCUGCUGUGCUUGUUUUGGAUCAGUUACUCGAGCAUAUGGACUAUACAAGAUUCGAUAUGUUUCGACCUAUUGGGUAAGCAUACCAUAUACAUUUAAAAAAGGGAUAUUUGACGUGUUUGCAAUCAUUCGUAGAAGACAACAGUAACGAUUUCGGAAAGUUAAGAUGCUGGACGUCCAUCGGAUGGGGAUCGGUGUCGAUAUUCAGUGGUUGGCUAGUAGACUUCUUCAGCGCCGAUGAAGUAUACAAAAAUUACACGCCCAUAGCCUACUUAGUACUAUCGUUUACGAUAAUGAAUUUAAUUUUUACAUCCGACAUAAAAGUACGGUAAACGAAUGUUUGGCGUUACAAUGCUAAUAACAUUAAUAGGUAUUUUAUACGGUUAGGUGACCGAGUUGGACAAGAAGACCGUAGAGGAAAAAUCUUACCGCGAUAUACUUGUGCUGUUCACAAAGCUCCGAGUCAUAUUUUUCUUCACAUGGAUAACAAUGUUGGGCGUGUAUUGCUCAAUUACUAUGAACUAUCUAUACAUGUAAGUGGUUGGAUUCGAUGCGCAUUCCGUAAUACAUUUACGACUGCACGGUUUAGUUUAGGUAAUAUUAGAUCCAAGGGUGCAUCCAAGUUCUGAUAAACUUGUAUUUUCAUUUUUAUUAACACCACCUUCAACUUUGAUAAUUGUAGCUAAACCAAGUGAGUAAAGUUAAGAAGCUUAGAAAAUUAAAAACAAAAAAACUGACUUAAUAAGGAUAGUUUAUAAAAUAUCGCCGUUUAUUAUAUGUAAUAAUAUAUUCUAGCAAAUCCGAUAAUUUGUAUGGAACUAAAUUUGAAUUUUAUUGUAAGAAACGCGCCACAUUUCCUUCUACCUUCGUUCUCCCUCCUCACCGUAUGAACAUACCUCCGGAUGCUAAUAUACUAUACAUAAAUCAAUAAUACUAAAUCAUAAAAAUACACUCUACCUAACCGUGCGAUUACGUUUUGCCGUAUAGAUACUUGGACGAGAUGGCUUCAGUGACCGGAUGUGAUAGGCAAAAGUGGACGAAAACAAUACAGGGAUUAUCACAGGGACUGCAGUGUUUUGGUGGCGAAAUGCCGGUUUUCUUUUGUUCCGGUUGGAUAAUUAAAAAAAUCGGCCACCGGAAUUGCAUGUCUACGGUGUUGUUCGCGUUCAUUAUCCGGUUUUUCAUCUACUCGGUUAUGACCAACCCGUUUUUCGCCAUGGUUGUCGAGAUCCUCAACGGUGCUACGUACGCGCUUGGCCGGGCCGUAGUCGUUUCCUAUUCUAGAACCAUCUCACCACCCGGCACGCACAACACAGUUUUGGGACUAGUUGGACUGUUCGAUUGCAUUGGUGAGUGUUGGGAUACACAUUUAUGUGCAAAUGUUUCAUAAUAUAGAGAUUAUUUUGACAUGUUAUGAGGUCAAGAUUGGUAUUGGAAACAACGUAGGAAGGAGGAAAGAGGGAGAGAGGAAAACCAAUUAUAAAUGAAAUCCCAAAUGUGGUCCACCACUCGUUAGAUUUACAUUUGUAUCGUGAAUGGUGUAUGAUUAUGAAUUAUUUACGUUCCUUAUACCAUUUAACUAAUGAUCACAUUCGAUAUUGACCAAUACUAAUCGUGUAUUCACUAAUCGUAUAUUGUUUAUUUAACUAUAGUGGCGAGAAUUUUCAUUGGGGGAGGGGGAUAUAUAUUCAUUGCAAACAGCCGGGUGACCCCCUGUACUCCAAAAAUGACCCGAUUUAAUACAAUAAAAAUUAUUUCAUUUUUCUACAAAAGUUGUUAAUCUAAUGCCUACAAUUCGUAGUUUUUGAUAUUAGCCAUAUUAAUUAUUAAUGAUUUAAAAUUAUACAAAUGAGUUCACACUUGACACUUUACAAAUUACAAUAUCUUACGUAUACAAAUAUAAAUCAUGCGUACAAUGAUUUAAGGUGCGAUUAUACACUUUGAACCUACUUACCUGAUUUUAACAAGAUAAUGUAUGAUUUGGUUCAAAUUAAAAGAUAGGAUAGUCAAUAGUUGGAAAAUUCAACCCCUAAAGUUAUAAAUAAGGGUUUUGGGGUAUUUUUCGGUAUGAAAAUCUAAUUGUUUAUUUAUUUAUUUAUUUGUGUUUAUUCAUAUUUUGGAUGAAAUAACAAAACAAACAUUUUGGUCCGACAAACCGAUAAAGAUAUUAGCGAUUGGUUUAAUUAAAUUGAAAAAUAAAAUAAAAUGAUUUUAUGAAAAUUGAUAACAGAAGUUUGUCAAUCUUUCUAUCAUCGGUAAAAACACUAUAAACUAUUAAUCUUAAAUAAAUCAUCAAAGAGAAAUAUAUCUUUUUAAAAAGGUCAUGGGGGAUCCAUCCUCCAUAUCCCCCCAUGUAUACUCCCAUAUAUUUAACUCUUAUAGUAAAAUAACAUUUUAAUAGAAUUUUCCACGAAAAUAGAAACAAUUUUAGCCUAAUAAGGUCCGUUUAUAUUUUUACUCCGCUACUUUUGAACAUUUAAAGGCACUAUCAGAUCAAAUAACUUUAAAAUAUAAGUAAUAAGAGUUGUUAUAUACUAUGCAGAUUGAAUUGAUAUAAGUUGGGAUAAAUAUCAAUAUGAAUUGCAUCAUGUUGUUGGGGGAGGAGAGUUUUCAAAGGUUUUCAACAUUGAACAACCAUAAGAAGUUAUAAAGAUGACAUAUUUUAUGUGAAUGGUGUUGGUAUCAAGUAUACGUGUCUUUUGUGUUUUUAAAUUUACAUACUCAUCUCCCCACUAUCAUUUGUGAGCACAAAUUUCAGAAUUGCAGUAUAAAGAAUAAAGGACUAGUAGCAUAAAGGAUAUUUCUUUUAGGUACACAAAAUAGGUUUUGAAAAAUUCUACUCCAGAGAUGGAGCUCUACUGCUUACAGGUUUUUUACUUUUCCGCUGAAAAAUAAGACAUUGUUCAUUCCACUGAAAUGUGACAUUUUUACCGUGUUCUGAUUACAGGUUUAUCGCUGGGCAAUGUACUAGCUGCGCACAUAUAUGAAUUUUACGGAGGAGUAUUGCUUUUCCGUCUGUUUACUUACGGAUCGGCUGUGAUGUGUGCUUUACACGUUGUAUACACUUGGUUUGACAGCGACAAAGUCAAAUUAUGA